AUGACCGUCACCUCAUUCUGCGUUCCGGACCGCGCUCACGCGCCCGUCCCCGCUCCCUGCCGGCAUACCGCCUCCUCGGCCUCUUUCUUCCAGCUCCCGACGACGCGAAAGCGUAGACAGUCGCGGCUCGAGGAGCAGCGCCGCAGCGAGGAGGCCGCCCGCCAGGAGGAAGCCGCUCUGCGUGCCCAGGCCUGGAUCUACCUGCACUCCUUCCUGAAGACAUCCUCGGACUGGUGCGAUCUGUUCGACCACAUCACCAUCGUCCGCGACGCCGUCCCCACCAUGCCCGAGCUCAACUCGUACGGCGAACUCGACGAAAAGGAUGGGACCCUCGCCUGCCGCCGCCUCUUCAGGGCCGUCGUCGUCUGGGACGAGCUCGGCCGCAGUCUGUGGAGGACGCUCAGGGACGCGUCCGAGCAGCGGCUGGCCGCCCAGAGGCAGUUCAUCGAUGGCUGCUGCCCCUCGCCCUUUGCCAUCUCCUUCAUCGAUGGGUACUGCCAACAGUCCGACGACAGCAGCUCGGCAACCUCGCCAUCGCAUCGGACCUCCCGACGCACCUCGGAGGACUCGUCCCUCUCCCUUGACGACGACCUACCGUCGCAGCACUCCACCACGGCGGCCCCCGUCGACAAGAAUUUCGCCCGCACGCUCACCCAGAAGCUGAGCCAGCGCUCGAGGCGGCCGUCGGCCUCGACCGAGCAGUCGACUCCCGAGCGCUGCUCCUGCUGCAGCGAGUCGGGCCACUCCCAAAGCCGAAGCCGAAGCCGAAGCCAGAGCCAGAGCCAGAGCCAGGGCCGAGGCCGGUGCCAGAGCCUUGUCACGGCCGAGCCCGUUGCCCAGCAGCGGUCGGCAGCCAUGCCAAGACGCAUCUCGCAGAACUGCGCGUCCGCCGUGCGCAGAACCCUCGGCGUUCUAAGCGAAGGUCGCACCAGCCCGAGUCCGAGGCGGCAGUCCGAAUGA